AAAGGAAUUUUAUUUAUUGAAUUAUGUGAUACUGGCAUUGGUAUAAGUCCCGAAUAUAUGCAACAUAUAUGGAAAAGUUUUUCACAAGGGGACAUGUCAAUAACGAAGGAGCAAGAUGGAACAGGACUUGGUCUCUCAAUUUGUAAAAGUCUAGUGGAAAUUAAUGGAGGGGAAAUUAAAGCAGAAAGUCGAUUGGGCAAAGGAAUCGAAAGUGUGAGAAAUUCAUUGUUAAAAUAUCUUGAAAAGGUCGAAAAAGUUGAUGCGCUUGAUACCUUUGACAAAGGUAUUAUAGCAGCGAAAACAUAUAAUGAACGUGCUUAUGAUAUAAUAUUUAUCAGUCUUUAUGAAAAUAACAAAGAAGAGGUUAUAAGUGCUGUAUUAGAGUUGAAGAAAUUGGAAAUCAAUA